AUGCAUACACACAAAUGCACAUAUGCACGUACACACAUACAGGCAUGCCUUAAACCUGGACAUCAUCGUGGUCGUGUCAUCACAUUACGGGUAAGAUCUAGGUGCCCUCCCGUAGAUCGCAUCUAUAAAAGAGUGGGUUUACAACUGAAUGAUGAUUCAUUUUCUGGUGGGACGCUUCCCAAGAAGAAUGUUCACCUGCUUAGUGUGGUAGUUGUCGAGAUUGAUUGUGACCCCAUGGCUAGGCCCUUUGUGAAGCUUUGUACUUCGGCUAAGGUGCUGCUACGGUUAUGA